UUAAAUCUAGUUGUUGCUCCACUACGUACAAAACGGGAAAACCUUGACACAAUGAAUAUCCUACCUAAAAAAAGAUGGCAUGUAAGGACAAAAGAGAAUAUUGCAAGAGUGAGAAGAGAUGAAGCUGAAGCAGCAGAAAAAGAAAAAGAAGAGAGAUUAAGAAUUGAAAAUGCAGAUCGGGAAGCCAGGCUCAACAUUCUAAAACAUAAAAGUAAGCAAAAGUUGCUAGAACUAGGCAUCAGUGAUCAAGAGCCUCAACCUGAAACAUCCCAACCUCAACAAGCGGAGCAUAUUAAUUUAUUUGUUGACUUAGAACAUGCUGUUACAGCAUCAAAUAAAGAUCAUGACAAAGAAGUAAAAGAAAAAAAGGAAGAAUAUGAAAAGAAAAUUGGUUACCUAACAUAUCUGGGACAGGACACAAAUGAAGCACUCAAAAAGAAAAAUUGGUAUGAAGUGUUACCAAAUGCAUCUAGGUUUUCUAGGUCCGGUGAAAUUAAGGAUACUUAUGACAAAUUGGUACUAAGAGAUGAGGAUGGCAAACCAAGGACAAAAGAGGGUGACAUCAAAAAUGGAGAAGUUGCUUGGAAGGCUAAGCAAAAGUUAGAUCCCAUUCAGAAGUUUAUUCAAUAUUGCACUGGUAAAACAAAUAAUGUGACUACAAGUAAAAGUUCAAAGAAAAUAGAAACGGCUGUUACUAGUCCAGAAAGAAAGAGUAAACAUAAACUUAAAAGUAAAAAGCACAAGAAAGACAAAGAUGAAAAACAAAAGAAGCUACUCAAGCUUAGAGAGGAACGGCUGAAACGAGAACAACAAGAGAAACUGAAGACGGAGAUGUUAUUGAGCGGCCUCAAUCCUACAACUACUCAGAAGCCGCCAGAUUCUGGUGUGACAAGAGUUAAACCAAAAUAUAAUUCCCAAUUCAAUCCAGAGCUUGCCAGACAAAAUUAUACUUAAGAGUCAUGAAACUGCCGUUAUUUUAAGAAAUG